AUGUCACUAAAGUUGGAACUUCCCUGGGUGGAGAAGUAUAGACCGCACAAACUUGAUGACAUUGUCGGGAACGAGGACACUAUCGAGCGGUUGAAGGAGAUCGUGAAGGAUGGGAACAUGCCACAUAUGAUUAUUUCUGGGCUGCCCGGUAUAGGUAAAACGACAUCAAUUCAGUGUCUUGCUAACGAAAUGCUUGGCGAGAAGCUUCUCGGGUCUGCUGUCUUGGAGCUGAACGCUUCAGACGACAGAGGUAUUGACGUGGUAAGGAAUCAGAUCAAACAUUUUGCACAAGUUAAGUGCCAUUUACCACCAGGGAAGCAUAAGAUUGUUAUCCUGGACGAGGCAGACUCGAUGACCUCAGGUGCACAACAGGCUCUGCGGAGAACUAUGGAAUUGUACUCGAAUACGACAAGAUUCGCGUUUGCGUGCAAUCAAUCUAAUAAGAUUAUCGAACCCCUACAGAGUAGAUGUGCUAUCUUGCGUUACUCUAAAUUGAAUGACGAACAAGUUCUAAAAAGGUUGCUACAGAUUAUCAAGCUAGAGGACGUCCAAUAUACGAACGAUGGUCUCGAAGCUAUAAUAUUUACUGCAGAAGGUGACAUGAGACAGGCGAUUAAUAAUUUACAAAGUACGGCUGCGGGCCACGGUCUAGUCAACGGAGAUAAUGUGUUCCGGAUUGUCGACUCGCCCCAUCCGCUGAUAGUCAAAAAAAUGCUUCUGGCUGAGCAAUUCGACGACGCUUUGGCAAUUUUAAAGAAAGAACUGUGGGAUAAAGGUUACUCAGCUGUGGACAUUGUGACAACCUGCUUCAGAGUGACCAAGUCACUGUUCCAAGUGAAGGAGGCCAAAAGGCUGGAAAUGAUGAAGGAAAUUGGGAUCACCCACAUGAGAAUAUUAGAAGGGGUAGGUACAUAUUUGCAAUUGGCUGCAAUGGUAGCCAGAAUUCAUAAACUGGUGUAA